GAGAGUGCAGAUGUCCGCUUUCGGGACAGUACGUGAAGCGUGUCUUUCGGGUCGCCGCGUCCCGACGGUCGGUAGGGUUUGACCGCUGCGUGGUUUCUCGCCCGCAAAGAGCCCGACGAUGGCAUCGACGUCGAACGCCGGAGUCGUGACGUUGCUCCUGCUAGCGUCGUUAACGGCAUGCUGCUGCAAAGGUACUCAAGAAGAGUCUCUACUUGGCAAAGUAGAACACACUGAUACCGACAACGCCACAACAGCAGGAGUCGCCGGCGCCGUGACGACGCCAGAACCGAGGAAUGACACAAGAGUCGAAGUGACGUCACAAGGGAACACUCUGCGAGAUGGCGGUGCAUCGAGUGAGAAGGCAUCGUCUUCGGGAUGGGACACGGCGUACAAACUGCUCUACGAAACGUUCAGCUAUCCAGAGGCAAAGGAGCUGGAGGCCCUGCUCCCGCUGCCGAGUACAUACCUGACCCGGAAGCAGCGACGAGACCGGAAAGGCGAUCACGGCGAGCACCGAAAAAAGGAGGAACAGCGACAGCACGCCACCAGGGAACUCACGUACAGGACGGUGAGCAGUGAUGACGGCAGCGGUGACCACGCGAUCGACCGCAAGGAGGACGCCUACGACGACGGCGGGGAUCCCGGCAGCAGCGAGAGCAGCAGCCAGAGCGAAGAGGAAGAGGAUGCGCGAUUGUCCGGCGAUCCACUGGACGAAGACGACGACGAUGAUGAUGAGACGGAAACGGGCGACGACGACGUCGUCAAACAGAAGACCUCCUCGACGCCCUCGCCGUCGCCCUCGAAGGCACACCGACGGACGGAGAGGUCGGUGCCCGCGACCGGAACGCUGCUUCCGCCUCCUCGCAGGCCGUGGAAAGAGCGUGGGAAGGACUUUGGCCUGCCAGUGCCCGAGGACCGUUGGUCAAAGCAUGUGGCGGCCAAGCGACGCGAGGCCCAACUCAUCCGUCGUAACCUACAAGACCAGCUUAGGAUGAAAGCGCUGCAGUGGAGGCAGAAGGAGAACCACUUCCACCAGCGCUACAAGCCAGCGAUUCCAGCUGGUACCAUCUAACCACUCGCACCUGUGUGCUCAUACUUUGGACUGAUCCCAGAUACACCGGAAAUGGUGCAGAAACAGUGCUGCCGACACCCUCAAAAGCAGCACACCACCAAACUUUCCAUGAUUUUGCAUCUUUACCAACAUAAUUUUGUUACGGGACUGCAAUCGCGACCGCUUGUGUUGGGCAUACUCUUUCUUUGCUUCUGUGUUCACCUUUAAUCAAAGUACUAUAUUUGGUACACUGGCCAUAGCAGUGCUAGGGAUGCUAUGCUUCAACUUGAGGCCCUCUGUUUUUCAUCAAGUGUGGUACCAUCAUCCCUUGAGUGAAGUCAAUGCCGCCUUCAGAUGUGUCCACAAUUCCAAAGAUUACAAGAUGCUUGAAAUGUGCUUAUCCCAAGUGCUUGCAAGUGGACACUGAGUGUGACUGGUCUAGAGAACCUACUUCGGGAAUGACUGGGCAUUGUUACUAACGUGCACUGAUCAUUCAAGUGUCACGCUGCAGUGCUGCCCACCUUAUGUAUACCUAGGUUGAGUGUUGAAUGGAGGAUUAAGGCAUAUGGAAGACCAUGAAACCCAUGAAGCGCAUGCUUUCGAGAGAACAGCACCACAGAGGCUAAAGAAAGCGCAUGUCACUAGAUGGUUGAGUUUUGAGUGACAAAACAGCAACCACCACUAACACAUGGUGCACAUCAAUUUAGACUGUUAUGGCAUAAAGCCAUUCUGUAGCACGUUCCACAACACCAAGAAAGGGUGGCGUAGCGAUACCAUUUGAACGUGCAUCACGACAGGAUGUCUGGCAGCCUUGCUGUCAUGCUUUGUUCAUGCAGCCUAACACUAAUGAUAGAACACAAAAUAGAGCAAACCUCAUGCCAUUUUUGCUUAAGCAAAGCAUGCUAUUGUGGAACCCACUGCUGGACAGCUUCCGAAGCAUGCCACCACGUGGUUUGAGUGCACCAGAUGAAAUAUGUCUCUUCGAUAACAUUAAUUAGUUUAAAUUAGGCACCGAGUACAUCAUGGUGGGGCAUGAUGCGUCUUGACUGCCAUCCAGGGUGCCACAAGGAGUUGUAGUGCUUUUGAGUCC